AUGUUCAUCCUACCACUAUUACCACCACCAUCACCACCACUGGCCCGCGCCGUCUGUCGGUCGGGCUUCGUUGGCUUGCGCCCGCAUUCCCUCACUCUUGCCCUCACCCUCGCCCUCGCCAACACCCACACCCACACCCACGGCAUCCGCGUCUUCACCUCGUCGCCCUACCACCGCAAACAUGUCCACGGUCAGCGACCGGCUCCUGCUGGCUCCACGCCCUCCGCUGUCCAUGCCACAGGCAAAGCAGCAAACAGUCCCGCCCGCGACCCAGCGGCCAUACCCAAAGCUGCAAAAGGAGAUCCGCUGCUCCAGGAGCACACGCUGACCAACAAGGAGCAGCGCAAGGCCGACUGGGCCAUUAUGAAGGAAAUGUCGCACUAUCUGUGGCCAAAGAACAACCUCGCCGCCAGGUCUAGAGUGGCGUUGAGUGUGGGCCUGCUGGUUGGCGCGAAGCUGCUCAACGUGCAGGUGCCCUUUUACUUCAAGAGCAUUGUCGAUUCCAUGAACAUAGACUUCGUCGCCGUGGGAGGAACAGCUUGGACGGUGGCUGGCUCCAUGAUUGUUGCAUACGGCCUGACGCGCAUUGGCGCGACCGUCUCCCAAGAACUUCGAAAUGCAGUCUUCGCGAGUGUGGCGCAGAAAGCGAUACGAAAGGUCGCAUGCAGCGUGUACGACCAUCUGUUGAGGCUCGAUCUGAGCUUUCAUCUGACCAGACAGACCGGAGGCUUGACAAGAGCUAUUGAUCGCGGAACCAAAGGCAUCAGUUUUCUGCUGACUUCCAUGGUCUUCCACAUUGUCCCUACUGCGUUGGAAAUCUCCCUCGUCUGCGGCAUCCUGACAUACCAGUAUGGCUGGCAAUUCGCUGCCAUCACCGGCACAACCAUGACCGCCUAUGCAGCCUUCACCAUCCUCACCACCUCCUGGCGCACCAAAUUCCGAAAGCAGGCCAAUGCGGCCGACAACAAAGCCGCCACCGUAGCCGUCGACUCCAUGAUCAACUAUGAAGCCGUCAAAUACUUCAACAACGAAAAAUACGAAGUGGGCCGAUAUGAUGCGGCCCUCAAAGACUAUGAAAAAGCGUCCAUCAAAGUCGCAACAUCACUAGCUUUCCUCAACUCGGGUCAGAACAUCAUCUUCUCUUCAGCACUCACGGCCAUGAUGUACCUCGCGGCUAACGGCGUGGCCACGGGAGAGUUGUCAGUGGGUGAUCUCGUCAUGGUUAACCAGCUUGUCUUCCAGCUCUCUGUGCCCCUCAACUUCCUCGGCUCCAUGUAUCGCGAACUGCGCCAGUCUCUCUUGGACAUGGAAACCCUCUUCAAUCUGCAAAAAGUAAACGUCUCUGUCAAAGACAAACCCAAUGCCCCGCCCCUCGUCCUUUCCAAAGGCGAGAUUAGGUUCGAAAACGUAUCCUUUGGCUACCGGCCCGAUCGACCAAUUAUCAAGAACUUAACCUUGACGAUUCCCGCAGGCAAAAAAGUCGCCAUCGUGGGACCGAGCGGGUGCGGGAAAUCCACAAUCCUGCGCCUCCUCUUCAGAUAUUACGACGCCCAAUCCGGCCGAAUCCUCCUCGAUGGUCAGGACAUUCGCGACGUGUCUCUCGACAGCUUGAGGAGAGCUAUCGGAGUCGUACCACAAGAUACACCGCUCUUCAACAACACGAUCCAACACAACAUCCACUACGGCAACCUCGAGGCAACACAAGAACAGGUCUAUGAAGCGGCACGACGAGCGCAUAUUCAUGAGAGUAUUGAAAGGUUUCCGGAUGGAUACAACACCAAGGUUGGAGAGAGGGGGAUGAUGAUAUCCGGUGGUGAGAAGCAGAGGUUAGCGGUUGCGAGGCUGAUUUUAAAGGAUCCGCCGCUAUUAUUCUUUGAUGAAGCUACGUCGGCCUUGGACACACACACUGAACAAGCCCUCCUCAACCAUAUCAACUCGCUCGUCAAGGAAAAGAAGCGCACGUCCGUGUUUGUUGCACACCGUCUCCGCACAAUCUAUGACUCGGAUGUUAUCAUCGUGUUGAAAGAAGGCAACGUAGCGGAGAGUGGAACGCAUCAGGAGCUCAUUGACCGCGAUGGCCUGUAUAGUGAACUGUGGAGUGCGCAGGAAACCAUGUUUGCGGAACCGGAUAAGGAGCUGAACGAGGAGGGCCAUGUGGUAGAAGUAGAUGGAGUAGUGAAGAAGUAA